UUAUACAAAUAAUUGCAAGAACCCAUCUCUUUCAGUUGCUCUUUCUGAUCUGCCAUGGACGCUUUCCUGGUAACCUACCUCCUACCCAUCCUCUCCAUCAUCUUCUACAUCUGUAAAGAGUCGCUCAAGAAGAGAAACCAGACUUGCUAUAUGCUACACUAUGAGUGCUUCAAGGCCACAGACGACAGGAAACUCGAUGCAGGAUCCAGUGCCAAAAUCAUAAGAAGAAAUAAGAAUCUAGGUCUUGAAGAAUUCAGGUUUCUGUUACGAACUAUUGUUAGUUCUGGGAUAGGAGAAGAGACUUAUUGCCCAAAAAAUGUCAUGGAAGGAAGAGAACAAUCUCCUUCUCUUGUGGAUGGAUACUCAGAGCUGGAUGAAGUAAUUUUCAAUACACUUGACAGGCUCUUUGCCAAUACAGGAGUUUCUCCUUCAGACAUUGACAUAGUUGUCACUACUGUUUCUUUAUUCACCUCGUUUCCUUCUCUAACAUCUCGGAUAAUAAAUCGCUACAAGAUGAGAGAGGACACUAAGGUUUACAAUCUCAGCGGCAUGGGUUGCAGUGGAAGCUUAGUGGGGAUCGAUUUAGUCCAGCAAUUGUUCAGGUCAUCGAACCAGAAAUAUUUUGCUAUUGUCGUGAGCACAGAGUGCAUGGGCCAACGUUGGUACUGUGGGAAAGAGAAAUCCAUGAUGCUCUCCAACGUUCUCUUUCGUUCUGGUGGCUGCUCAAUGCUCUUGACGAAUAAUUCAUGUCUGAAAAAUAGAUCAAUCUUGAAAUUAGAUUAUCUGGUUCGUACCCAUCUUGGCUCAAGCGAUGAAGCUUAUAAUAGCUGCCUUGAAGUAGAGGAUGAGCUUGGUUACAGAGGUGUUCAUCUCUCCAGAAACCUUCAAAAGGUUGCUGCAGAAGCUUUAACUCUGAACCUAAAAGUGCUCCUGCCGAAAGUGUUGCCACUGUGGGAGAUCCUCCGCUACGUAAUAUCAUCUAACUUCCGAAACAAAGCGACCAAAAAGCCAAAUAUAGGGAUCAAUCUUAAAACAGGAAUCAAGCAUUUCUGUAUACAUCCAGGCGGAAGGGCGAUUAUUGAUAAGGUAGGUGAGAGUUUAGGACUGAAUAGUUAUGAUCUUGAGCCAUCUAGAAUGGCGCUCUACCGGUUCGGAAACACAUCGUCCGGUGGGUUGUGGUAUGAGUUAGGGUACUUAGAGGCCAAGAAAAGGCUGAAGAAAGGAGAGAAGAUACUGAUGAUAAGCCUUGGAGCAGGUUUUAAGUGCAACAACUGUGUUUGGGAGGUGAUGAGAAAUUUGGAGGAUGCCAAUGUCUGGGAGGACUGCAUAGAUCGCUAUCCUCCAAAUAUCAAUGUCAACCCUUUUCUGGAGAAGUUGAGUUGGAUAACCGAGGAAUGUCCGGACUUUGCAGGACUUGAGUAGCAGCUGUCCGUCUCUGUGUGUGUAAUGAAUGCUUUUACAGUGUGUAUGGUUUUGCACUUGAGGAAGAAUAAUGAAGUUUUCUGUGAUUGGAGAGUGCAAAUAA